CAGCCAGGCUGACAGAUGGGCCUGAACGCUCACUCUUGAUUCUAGAGGUACCACAAAGGACCAAGGCAGACAGUGGUUCUUGUUUUGUUUUUUUUUUAUUUAUUUUGCUGGUGAUUGGAUUGUCACCGUACCUACACCGUUUAAACAUCAUCCUCAAUGGAUCGCACUGUGUACGGCGAGGGCGACACGUCCAACGAGCCUUACGGUCUGACUUACCAGCCGUUCCGUUUGACCAAGAAGGACACUCCGGCUCCUGGAUUUUUCAUUCGGAUGUCAAAAGUGUUGAACAGUUGGUGCAGCUGCACCACGAAAGGAAAGAAAAGUGGCUCGUCUGUCGGCAUGGAAACACUCAUCCAAUUGCACGCAAACACAACAGAUGCCUUGUUGGCCGAUUUGCAGACGACGCUGCACGCCAACGGUGCCAACCUGAACGACGGCAACGAGACGUGGGCCAACGAUGGCCAGCACCACGUUACGUCACAGAGCUACCAAUACCAACACGGCGAAGUCGAUCAGCAGGUAACGUAUGCGAAUCACGCCGAAGUUGUGGCAAGCCACAACCAUAAUGCGCCGCCGCAACGCAAUAUGCGUGAGCUGGACACGUUACUGGAUGAUUUGAACCGCUCGCGUUUGUCGGCCGGCAUUUCGAGCAGCUCGGUGGGACAUAAUAGCAGUGCCGGCAACAGCAACGAUGGCCGUCCAUCUGUCGAUGCCCUACUCAACGAGCUCUCCAACGCCGUUCACAAUUCGGCCAAUUAUAUCAAAAGUGACGGAUCGCACAAGGGAAGUACCGGAGCCGCUUCAUCGGCCACUGAAGAACUCGACGUGCUUAUGGCAUCUCUUUCCACUUUUAAGAAGGGCGGAGCGGGCGGCUCUUCGGAACCAAUGGCGACUGCGUCGUACUCAAAGAUCGGCGACGCCACCUACGCCAAACCCAACAAAGUCCAGCGGGCCAACACCAAGGAUCAGUUGGAUUCGAUGCUCGGGAACUUGCAGGCUGACAUGAAUAAACAAGGUAUCUCCGCCACUACUAAAGGAUGUUGCACCGCCUGCGAGAAGCCCAUCGUCGGGCAGGUGGUGACGGCUUUGGGACGGACGUGGCACCCGGAGCACUUUGUCUGCUCGCAUUGUCGCCAGGAGCUGGGCACGCAGAACUUUUUCGAACGCGACGGACAGCCUUACUGCGAGCCGGAUUACCACCACCUCUUUUCGCCGCGUUGCGCUUAUUGUAACGGACCCAUUUUAGAUAAAUGCGUGACGGCGUUGGAUCAGACGUGGCAUCCGGAUCACUUUUUCUGCACGCAAUGCGGCUGCCAAUUCGGCGAGGAUGGGUUCCAGGAGAAGGAUGGAAAGCCUUACUGUAAAGAGGACUACCUUUCCAUGUUUGCUCUCAAGUGCAAAGGUUGCAAUUCGGCCAUCACCGAGGGCUACAUUUCGGCUCUCAACGGACAGUGGCAUCCCAAUUGCUUCGUCUGCAGGGACUGCAACAUGCAAUUCCAGGGCGGAUCAUUCUUCGUUCACGAGGGGAUGCCCUACUGUGAGAUCCAUUACCACGCCAAGAGGGGAUCGCUCUGCGCCGGAUGCCACAAGCCGAUUACCGGUCGUUGCAUCACUGCGAUGUUCAAAAAGUUUCACCCAGAACACUUUGUCUGCUCUUAUUGCCUGAAACAGCUGAAGAAGGGCACAUUUAAAGAGCAAGGAGACAAGCCUUACUGCCACGGAUGUUUCGAACGCCUUUUCGGAUGAAGAGCGGAAGACUAAAAAUAUGUUUUUAUGAUCAUUGCAAAAUCGAAAAUGAUCUUUCUUUCGUUCAUUUUUUUUUUUUAACAUCUUCAUGAUGAGGAGAGGAGGAAGUUGAAAACAAGAAGACGACGGACGCACGAUUGCCAAUAACACAAAAUGAUAACACAAUCGAAUUGAAUCAGCUCCUUCCUAUUAAAAGAUAAAAGAAACAAAGCGCAUCAAAACGACACGCAGAAAAAUGAAUUUCAAUACUUAAUUAUUAUCAUCCAUGCGAUUUUUAUAUUUUUCUUUUUCAUUCGAUAUCCCAAAAUGGACAUUUUGGGCGAAAAGAUUAAUUUUCUAAAAGUCCUUUUCCAUACGCACACAAAAAUAUCUUGUCUCUUCCUAUCUGUUGCUCCAAUGUUUUCCUUAGUUGUUAUUGUACACCAUGUGAGGAUAUGAGGGGGAAAUGAAUUCUUGAAAGCUGCCCCUCCCCUAACGCUUGAUUCACCGCCAAGACACAUCAUUUUAAACGUUUCUAAAAGUCAAUGGGGGAUAAUGUUAUAAUCGGAGGAUUUCAAAAAAAAAAAAUGCAAUGCAGAAAUUAGCGAACGAAAAUGCAAACGGCGGUUGAAAGUGCGAAAUAGACAUUUAUGUUAGGAUCAAGAAAUUAGUUUAAAGCUCUAAGAAAUUGUUUCAUGUUGUUUUUUUUUAACCUCCUCCUCUCCAUAAACUUAACAACUGUAUUAAUUAUAAUUUCUUUUUUUUUUUUGGUUCAAUUUGGUUCGUGAGUCUUCCUUCCGUUUUGUGUUUGUCCGUCGUCCAAAAAAUGGAAAGCAAAACAAUUUCGUGUACGUGUGUGUGUGUGUGUGUAUAAACAAACAAAAAAAAAUUGAAUUGGAGUUCUGCUAACUUGACGUUCGGCUAUAAAGUAGAAAGAAAAUGAAUUUAAAGUGGAUGAAAACAAUAAACAAAAUGGAAGGA